UCGGGCUCCCGUUAAAGGAAUCAUCAAGAAAUUUUGUUAUAUAUAAGAUACCAACUAACCAGAUACUCCAAUAAAACAACACAUUGAAGAAAAAAGAAGAGCAGCAGAAGUUCUUUUUACUACACUUAAACAGAAAAAUGGAGUGGAGGAGAGGUCAGACUAUUGGCCGUGGAUCCUCUGCCACCGUCUCGAUGGCUAGUUGUUGCGGUUCUGGGGAGGUUUUUGCAGUUAAAUCGGUGGAGUUAUCACAUUCGGAGUGGUUGCAGAGGGAGGAGAAGUUUUUGUGCAGUAUGUCAAGUCCUUACAUUGUUAGCUACAGAGGGUCUGAUAUUACUAGUGAGAAUAACAGGCUUAUGUACAAUCUGAAGCUGGAAUAUGUUGCGGCUGGCACGCUUAGCGAUGUGAUUCGGAGGAAGGGCAGAGGAUUAGAUGAGGCCAUGAUCAGAUGUUACACGCAACAAAUUUUAAGAGGCCUGGAGUACCUUCAUUUAAGCGGCGUAGCACAUUGUGACAUCAAGGGGACCAACAUUUUGAUAGGUGAAGCUGGUGCUAAAAUUGCUGAUUUGGGUUGCGCGAUGAGGGUUGAUCAGAAAAGUGACUUGACAGCGACAUUUGGUGGCACGCCAAUGUUUAUGGCACCGGAGGUGGCCCGAGGGGAAGAGCAGGGGUUUGCAGCUGAUAUCUGGGCACUUGGCUGUACGAUUAUUGAAAUGGCUACGGGGAACUCCCCGUGGCCUAAUCAUAGUGACCCGAUGUCCAUUCUUUAUCAAAUCGCUUAUUCUGGGAAAACACCAGAUGUCCCUGAAUAUUUGUCAUGCCAAGCAAAAGACUUUGUUAGCAAGUGUCUAAAGAGAGAUCCGGCAGAGAGGUGGACGGUUAAGCAACUUCUCAGGCACCCGUUUCUUGAACAUUUAAGUUACGUCAAGAACCAGAAUCAAUUUUCAGAUACUAAUUCUCCGACAAGCAUCCUUGAUCAAGGGGUAUGGAACUCGGUUGAAGAGGAACCCGAGACUUCGGCUGAUGUUUUUGAUCUCCAGACAAGGUAUCUGAGUUCCGGUCCAGAUCAGAGAAUCACACAGUUAUCAACUUCAAGAGUGCCGAACUGGACAUGUGAAGAAACGUGGAUUACAAUCAGAGGAUAGUAAUACGGGUAGUACUUAGUAAUUGCACAGUGUACAGAACAUUGAUUGAUCAAUCUCUAAUUUUUUAGAAAUCUCUAAUCCGCCUACAACAAAGCAAAGUAUAUUUAAUUUAUUAUUAAUACACUAAAACAUCGUA